AGAAUCUCAAAGACCAAGUACAGAUCUGCGUUCAGAAGGCUUGGACUAGCUAGUCUCGAUGGAGCAUCUUGUUCUUGACAAUUUUUGCCUUCUCUCUAUGUGUGUUCACACUAGCACGCGCAUGAUGCGCUUUUGUUGAUAGGACUAGUAGCAAUUAUUUUUAAUCAUGUCAACAGCAAUGCCUCCAGAAAAGUGAGUGGCUUGAGUACCUGUGGGAUAAAGUUGAAUAGGCCACUGAAGAGCUGUGGAUUGAAGAGCUUGAGAAGCCUUCUUAUUGAGUUUAACAGAGCAGCCAAGAGAAGGCCAACAAGUAUUUAACAGAUUAAAGACAACAGAGAGCUGUAUCAAAAAGAGAAAAAAGACUCUAGAGAGCUGUCCAUAGGAGAAGAACCUGAGGAAUGUUAACGAGGUUGCUGCCAUAUGCUAAGAUGCUAAUCCCAUGCUGAAAAUGGAAAACAAGCAAACUGUGAGUGCUGGUGGAACACAAGAUAAGUCUAUGAUGAAGCCUAUUGACCAAAGAGCCCAUAUUAAAGGCCGAAGUGACAUCCUGACUCGACGCCUAAAGAAUCGAGAGCGUCAACGUAGAUACAGAGCCCGUAAGCGUCUUGAAGCUGAAACCAAGAAGUCUUCUGUGGCAAGAGACAUCACACCCAUAACACCACAAGAGGAACCACAAUCAACAGGCAAUCACAAUCUUAUGACCCGCGUAUAUUGUAAUAGAGAUUGGAAAAAAGAUGCAAGACGGGCUCACGCUCUUAAACGUGAAGAAGUGACACCUAAUGGAUCUAUUGAUCAUAUUACCAAACUAGCCAGUGAACCUGAAGCAGCACGCUUAGCCUCUGGGAAGGCAGACAUGACGCAGGAAAGGGAAAGCCAGUCUGGAUCUCCUGUUGUUGUUAACAAUGAAACUCCUAGAACUGUACUGAGUCGAAGAGACUGGAAAGCAGAAGCUAGAAAAAAGAAAAACUAGUAUUAUUCCCUUUUUCUCUAAAAAGAUUCACUCUGCGCAGUGGUCUUUUGUUGUAUAAUAGACAUUAUAUGAUGUAAAAGAAUGCUGCAUUAAGAUAUGUUAAAUACCUGAAUUUUACUGAGGUUCAUACGAGGAAGUUAUUGUGUAAUUUGCGAAUUUUUUCUGUUGCAGAUGUAGAAGACCAUUGUAAGACACGCCUAGCUUAGUUUAGAAUCUCUGAUCUUUUUGUAGCAAGAACUAUAUCGGAAGAUCAUCUUCGCAGAAUGUUGUGGUGAAACGUUCAUUAGACUGCCCUCUGUGUUAAACAAGAUAAGGUUUGAAGUUUGCCUUAA